UUGAAUGGCUGCCUUUCCAGCCUUCCUUUAUAUCUCCGCCUCCUCUUCAUGGUGUGACUAAGCAAGCUGUGCUUUUGCUUUGCUUGGAUCAGACCAGACAAGUCACUAAUUCAAGAUGGUGGUAUUAUCAAAGGAGCAUGGGUACGUGAUCCUGACAGGCGCUGCCAGUUUCAUCAUGGUUGCCGACCUGAGCAUAAAUGUGAACAGGGCCCGUAAGCUCUAUAAAGUAGAGUACCCCACUAUGUACAGCAAUGACCCAGAAAAUGGAAAAAUAUUCAACUGCAUCCAGCGGGCACACCAAAACACCCUGGAAGUCUAUCCGGCAUUCCUGUUCUUCCUGGUUGCUGGAGGACUUACACAUCCGCGUCUAGCAAGCACACUAGGAGUUGCUUGGAUUGUUGGUAGAGAAUUGUAUGCUUAUGGAUACUAUACAGGAGAUCCCAGCAAACGGAAGAGGGGUGCAAUUGGCUCAUUUGCUCUUUUGGGUCUCUUGGGUACUACUUUCUGCUCAGCCUUCAAAUUGCUUGGUUGGUCAUUGCACCCGAAGACUUGGUGUUGAAUGUGGAAUCACUUGAAAGAUAAGACCAGAUUCUUUCAAAAAGAAGCCCGUCUGUAUUGUUCAAACCCCUGUUCUAUGUCCCUCCUCACUUAAAGGAGUGCAUUUGCCAGGGCCUACAGGUCUUUAAAUCAAUUUUGCCAUCACAAAUUUGUAUUUUCUAAUUAAAAAUCUUGAAAAUCA